GUUAAUGACGUCAUUUAUGUAAAUAAACAAACGGAACUUAAAAGAGCGAAAAUGUUAGACUUUCUUUUCCGUUUUAGCGUACUUAACAUGGCAUUUUCUGUCAUCGCUAAAGAGAUUGGUCAAUAUAUUGGAUCACUUGGCGGACCGUGGUUCUUUUGCAUUUACCUAUGGACAUUGUUUUUAUUCUCAUCAGAAUGGUGGAGUAAUGUCCUUCAAUUGCAGGUGACUACAGCUGCGGCAGGUUGUUUUCUUCUUUCCUACAUAUACCUCACAUUGGUCAGUCGGAUAAAAACCAUCAAAUAUCUAAAUCUUCUCGAGAUCAGAUUUAUAAGGAAUAUUGCCGAUAUUCUGAUGAAACUGUCUUUUCCUUUUGUACUUUGGCGUUACGUAUGGGGCCCUUUCAAUAAUGGUUUGAGAAUUGCCACGAAACAUUAUUUCGGUACAAACCAGCCAGCGAUGAUCGCAUGGAUAGUUAUUGGACUAUCUGUGUUUUUUAUGUGUAUUGUUGUAAGUCUUUGCUGCCAGGGAUCUAGUCCGAAACCACCAGCGACCAGUAAUACAAGGAGGCACCGAAACGUACCACCUGUGCCCAAAAGACCGCAUUCAAGCCGGAUACAAGCUCUACAGGCUAGACAGAGAAUGCGACCACAUUCAGUCAACGGAAAAUAAAGGGAAAAAUCAUAAAUAUAAAAUCAAACUUUAGUCGGCGGUCUAUCAUAACAAUUCACUCACAGAUUAACAGUAGAAGUUUUUGGGACACCUCAACUAGUUUCAAUGUACUCAUAUUAAUAUGAUAAAAGUACCUUCACCUUUUAUAUAAUAAAAAUCCUCUGUGCGAGACAGUUGAA